GGAUGGUGGCCGGUGUCGUUACUUUCACACCCAAGUAUGUGAGUUCCCAGUUUAGAACAACUGCUUCGGAGGCAUCUUUUCUCGUAGGACUGGUGACAGUACCAGCGGCCACAGUCGGGACCUUACUGGGCGGGUUCCUGGUGAAGAGACUACAGCUUGACAUCCGGGGUAUCGCCAAGUUCUGUUUCGUGGUGACGUCACUCACUGUCAUGGCGUCUCUGACAUUCCUCAUCACCUGUGGUGACGUCACCUUCGCUGGAGUCAACACGGACUACAGUAACAGGUAUGCACGAAAGCAAACAAGAUUCUGUUUUUAGCCAUGCUAAGAUCAAAGAAGA